CUUCGCAUUGCGUUUGUCGCAACGUUGUGGGCUUUUCUGCUACCUCUGUUAGAUGCGGCUGUGUAUAAGGAUGCUUCAGAGCUGCCGAUGGAUGUCUAUGAUUUCGUUAUCGUCGGAGCCGGGGCCGGUGGCAACGUCAUUGCCGCGAGAUUAACGGAGGACCCUCGAUUCAGCGUGUUACUCAUUGAGGCAGGGAUAUCGCAUGAGGGUGUGCUCCCGGUGGAGAUUCCGUUUUUGGCACCGACAAGCUUUCCCAAUACAUCAGUUACAUGGAACUAUAGCACUACUCCUCAAGAAGGCCUGAAUCAACGUGUCCUUCCAUAUCCACGAGGCCGUGUCCUCGGUGGCAGUACUUCUAUCAACUUUAUGGCAUACACUCGCGGAUCCAAUGAGGAGUUUGAUCGCUGGGCAGCUAUUACCAAGGACGAUGGCUGGUCAUGGAAGAAUGUAGAGAUAUACUAUCUUCGGAACUCAAAGCUUGUCCCGCGCGCCGACAACCAGAGUUGUGCGGGUUUGGUCAACCCUGCUGAUCACGGCUUCGGACCCGUCGACGUCAGUCUCCCUGGAUUCCCCACAGAGAUUGACGGUCGCUUUGUCGAUGCCAGCAAGUCUUCCGGUUCUCAAUUCCCAUUUAGCAUAGAUCUCAACAGCGGAAACGCGCUGGGAUUUGAAGGCGUAGUGCAGAAUGCUAUUGGAAGAGGGGCAAGGUCAAGUUCUGCGACUGCAUACCUCGAACCGGCUCUCAAUCGGUCGAAUCUACACGUUCUGAUUGAAAACACCGUAACAAAGCUUAUAUCCACCGGUUCGGUGAAAGGGGCACCGUCGUUUCGUAAAGUGCAGUUUGCACCAAAUGCUACCGCUCCGUACUCAUUGGUAACUGCAAGAAAGGAGGUGAUUCUCUCAGCGGUUUUUCCUGAUGUGGGAACGCCUCAAAUCCUGUUGCUGUCGGGCAUCGGAGACAAGGACCGAUUACGAGCCCUGGAUAUCGAGCCCUUGCUUGACCUUCCGGAUGUCGGCCAGCAUCUCAAAGAUCAUCCUAUCUUGGCAAACUACUGGAAUGUCUCCUCGAAUAAUACAUACGAUGACUUGAGACGCAAUACAACCCUGAUAGAGGCUGCCAUAGCGCAAUGGCAGACUAACCGAACGGGGCGACUGGUCGACUCUCCUGUGCAAUCUCUGGCAUUUAUGAGAGUUCCCGCCAAUUCGAGGAUAUUUGACAAUGUCACGGACCCUUCGGCUGGCCCCCACUCUGGACACUUCGAAUUCCUCUUUGCGGAUGGGUACGGAGCGGUUUCCGUACCACAGCCUCCGACUGGACAUUUCCUCACGGUAUUCUCCGCCGUCGUGGCACCUACGUCUGUCGGUUCUAUCAAGCUCGCGUCAUCGGACCCUUUCGACAAUCCGUUGAUCGACCCGGGAUUCUUCUCAACCGAGUUCGAUACCCUAGUUAUGCUAGAGGCCAUCAAGACCGCCCGACAGUUUAUGGCAUUGCCAGCUUGGGGCGGUCUAGUGUCCGGGCGAUUUGGACCAGUGGGCGACGCCGAGACGGACGAAGAAAUUAUUGCUGCGGCUCGAGUGUCCGUCGAGACAAUAUACCAUCCGGUCUCUACCGCGCGAAUGUCGCCCAGGGACGCAUCUUGGGGCGUGGUGGACCCGAACCUUCUCGUGAAGGGUGCAAGUGGCCUGAGGGUCGUCGACGCAUCUGUUUUCCCCACCAUCCCUGCGGCGCAUACAAUGGCGUUGGUGUAUAUCGUAGCUGAGCGUGCCGCCGAACUUAUCAAGCGUACUUGGGACUGAGGGACGACAUGAUUGGACUACGCUGAUUGUGAUUACGGAUAUUUUCCUAUCGCUCUGCAGAGUCACAAGUGUAUUGUAGACUCUCCAGGAGUGUAUGGAUGCGUGAUUAUCUC